UCUAAUCAGAAGACAUAACGGAGCCGAAUAAAACUAUAUGCAAGUCUGUAACUGAGCUAAAAACAUUGCUUCAACCGAGGUCCCUUCAACCGUGAAACCGUGAAAAUUGCCGCACUCUGGGAAAGCUAAUGGCUGCUGUCUAUGGUAGAGGAACUAUAACACCAGCUGAAAAUUUCAAUGCGGAACGAGCUGCUGCCAAACUUCGGAAAGCAAUGAAAGGUAUAGGGACAGAUGAAAGAGCUAUCAUCGAUGUACUAGUUACACAUUCAAAUUCUCAGAGGCAAGAAAUCAAGCGAAAAUACAAAAGUUUAUAUGGAAGGGACCUCAUAGAAGAUAUAAAAGCAGAGCUCGGAGGAAAUUUCGAAGAUCUUUGUGUAGCAUUGCUGACACCCCAGAUUGUGUUUCUAUCAGAGUGUUUGUACGAAGCUGUGAAGGGAAUUGGUACUGAUGAAAAGUCAAUCAUUGAAAUUCUCUGCACAUAUCACAAUAGGGAAAUCGAAGAAAUAAGAACAUGCUUCAAACAAAGGUACAACAAAGAUCUGGAAGAUUGGGUAUAUGAGGACACCAGUGGACAUUUUCGAAAGCUUCUUAUAUCUUUAUUGACAGCCGAGAGGGAGGAAACCAACGAAAUCGAUUUUGACUUAGCAGAACUAGAUGCACAAAGGUUGUUUGAUAGUGGUGUAGGUCAGAUUGGUGUCGACAGAGAAGUAUUCACCAAUAUCCUAUGCUCCAGAAGUCCGUCUCAACUGCAAGCUACACUUGAAGCUUACGAGCGGAUUGGUGGCCACUCAUUAAGCUCGGCUAUAAGGUCAGAAUUUGCAGGAGAUUCAGAAGACGCAUUACUGUCAAUAGUGUAUUGCAUCAAGAAUAAGAAUAAAUAUUUUGCAAGGCAACUGAAGGAAUGCUUGAAAGGCCUUGGAACGGACGAUACAGCAUUAGUUCGAAUAUUAGUUUCAAGAUCAGAGAUUGAUCUGGAAGAUAUCAAAGAAGCAUACAUUAAGUUGUUCAAAAAAGACUUGGCCGAAGAUGUGGCAGAAGACACAAGCGGAGAUUACCGAAAAGCCUUACUUCGUAUACUCCAACCUUAAAAAGUGGAAAGAAAAUUCUGCUGUUUGUUCAUGGCAUAGAUAAAAUCGCUUUUAAAAGCUUGGAGCAGCUGCAUUCAAGAUUAAAUGGCAAUAUUGUUUGAGCUUAUUGAAGGCGAAUAUAAUUAUUUCUGAAAUGUUACCAGCACAUUAUUUUAACUGCAAAAUAAAAUAAAUUUUUGUACAAAU